AUGGCGGACAUCGGCAGAGACAGCAGAGUGCAGAACAUGGCAGACAUUGGCUGUGGUGUGAUGGUGGAGCAGAAAAAAGAGUUUGAUGUGGACACCCUCAGUAAAUCGGAACUCCGUAUGCUUCUCAGCGUGAUGGAAGGGGAGCUGGAGGCCAGAGACCUGGUCAUCGAGGCCCUGCGGGCUCGCAGGAAGGAGGUGUUUGUCCAGGAACGCUAUGGAAGAUUUAAUUUAAAUGACCCAUUCCUGGCACUGCAGAGAGACUACGAAGCAGGUGCUGGCGAUAAAGAGAAGAAGCCAGUCUGUACCAACCCCCUCUCCAUCCUGGAAGCAGUCAUGGGCCACUGCAGAAAAAUGCAGGAAAGGAUGUCCGCACAGCUGGCUGCUGCUGAGAGCAGACAAAAAAAGCUGGAGAUGGAAAAGCUUCAGCUACAAGCCCUUGAGCAAGAGCACAAGAAGCUGGCCUCCCGCCUGGAGGAAGAGCGAGGCAAGAACAAGCAUGUGGUCGUGAUGCUGGUCAAGGAGUGCAAACAGCUCUCCGGCAAAGUCAUAGACGAGGCCCAAAAGCUAGAAGAAGUAAUGGCCAAACUGGACGAAGAGAAGAAAAAGACCAGUGCAUUAGAAGAGGAACUCUCUGCUGAGAAACGAAGAAGCACAGACAUGGAAGCUCAGAUGGAAAAACAGCUCUCUGAGUUUGACACGGAACGGGAACAGCUUCGUGCCAAGCUGCACCGAGAAGAAGCACACACCACUGACCUCAAAGAGGAGAUAGACAAGAUGAAGAAAAUGAUUGAGCAACUGAAAAGGGGAACUGACAGCAAACCAAGCCUCUCUCUCCCCCGGAAGGCGAAAGAUAGGCAUUUGGCCUCUAUAUCUGUGGGAACAGAAGGACCUGUGACAAGAUCUGUUGCUUGCCAGACAGACCUACCGACAGAAGGCGCUGACCACGUGAAGAAGUUGUCUUUGACUGUGCCUGCAAAGCCUUCCACAGGGAGCCCCCGAGUUUCCGCAAGUGCAAAAGGGAAUGUGUGCACCAGUGCCACCUCGGUCAGACCGGGUAUUGACAGGCAGACUUCCCAAGGUGACUUGAUUGGCUCCGCUCUGCCCACUGUCUCAUCUCCAAGUGCAAAUAGAAUUGAAGAAAAUGGACCCAGCACUGGUUCAACACCAGAUUUAACAAGCACAACCCCACUUCCCAAUAACGCUGCCCCUCCCACCCUGCAAACACUAGGCACAGCUCCCCAGAGCUAUUCACAAGCUCCGCCUGUGCACAGUUUACACUCACCGUGUGCCAACGCGUCUCUGCAUCCAAGUCUAAACCCACGCGUCCAGGCAGCUAGAUUUAGGUUCCAGGGCAAUGCUAACGACCCAGACCAAAAUGGAAAUACCACCCAGAGUCCUCCAUCAAGAGAUGUCUCUCCUACAAGUCGUGAAAACCUAGUGGCCAAACAACUGGCUCGAAAUACUGUGACCCAAGCGCUGUCAAGAUUUACUGGCCCUCAAGCGGGAGCACCCCCAAGGCCUGGAGCGCCCCCGGUAGGGGAUGUUGGCACCUACCCGCCUGUUGGUCGGACCAGCGUAAAGACUCCCGGUGGAGCACGAGUUGACAGAGGCAACCCUCCUCCUAUUCCCCCAAAAAAGCCAGGGCUCUCCCAAGCUCCUUCUCCACCCCACCCCCAACUCAAAGUUGUUACGGAUAGCAGCAGGGCCUCCAGUGCUGCCGCCAAAGCAGAUAACAAAACUGUGGCUUCACCUCCUUCCAGUUUACCGCAAGGGAGCAGGGUCCUAAGUGAGGAGAAUCUCCCUAAAUCCUCCUCUCCGCAGCUGCCACCAAAACCGUCCGUAGAUUUAACUGUGGCGCCGACAGCCCUGGCCACGUCUCAGGUGGGUGCCUGGCCUGCUGAAACCCCUGGACUGAGCCGGCCUGCAUGUGCAGAGCGUUCCCUGGUCAUUCCCACCACCAUUGCCUUUUGCUCUUCCAUAAACCCUGUUAGUGCCUCACCCUGUAGAACAGGUGCCUCAGACAGCCUCCCGGUAACAGCCUCAGGUAAAGGGAUUAUUGCCCCUGUUUUUGCCACCCUGCUCACUGCAACUAGGAAGCACCAGAGCUCCCUCCAUCCUGCUGCUGAACACACCUGUGCCUGGAUAUUAUAUACAUAUAGAUGCAGAAUGACUUUAGCAUUAUUAUCUGUAUUUCAUAUCUCAGGUGGCACUUCAAAAAUCAAACGGAGUUUCUGUGUAAUUAAUCCUAAUCUUGUGUUUAGGUGUGUAGCAUUACUAAUUGCAUAUGAUGCUAACAUUAAUCAUGCUGCUGAUGGAGGACAGACACCUCUAUACCUGGCCUGUAAAAAUGGAAAUAAAGAAUGCAUUAAACUCUUGUUGGAAGCUGGAACUGACCGAAGUGUAAAAACCAGAAAUUGCCUAGAAAUUCUGUGUAGGCAUGGCGGGCUUGAGCCAGAAAGGAGAGAUAAGUGCGGUCGGACUGCACAUGAUGUGGCCAAUGAUGACUGCAAGCAUCUAAUCCGCAAACAGUCAUCCGGGGAUGAUUUUUCAAAAGCAGUGAGUCAAGCUCUGACAAGUCAUUUCAAAGCCAUCUCUCCUGAUGAAUGGUGGAGUCUGGAAGAUGUGACGGACAAUAACACCACUAGCUCCAGCAUCGGCCUCAGUGCAAGCGGUGUGCAAUCCAUCAUGCUAGGAGAUGUGCCAUGGUCAGUGGGUCAGAGCCACACCCUGCCCCCACGGGACUUCAUGAAAAAGAACAAAGCAGAGCCAGUCACUGUGCUUUCGUCAGGUCCUCAGGAAGGCUGCCUCAGUAGUGUGACGUACACAUCUUUGAUCCCUCUUCAGGUACUGCAGAACUACCUAAGGCUGGUCGAGCAAUAUCAUACUGUCAUUUUCCAUGGCCCAGAAGGAAGCUUGCAAGAUUACAUAGUACAUCAGCUUGCCCUCUGCAUGAAGCACAGACAGAUGGCUGCAGGACUCUCUUGUGAGGUAGUGAGAGCUGAAGUGGAUGCUGACUUCUCUAAGGAGCAGCUAGUAGGCCUGUUCAUCAGUAGCGCUUAUCUGAUCCCAGUGAAACAAUCUCCUGUUAAUAAGAAAAUCAUCAUCAUCUUAGAGAACUUGGAAAAAGCUUCACUGUCUGAGUUAUUGGGAGAUUUCUUGGCACCUCUGGAAAAUCGCAGCACUGAAAGUCCCUGUACUUUUUCAAAAGGAAACGGAAUGCCGGAAUGUUACUACUUUCAUGAGAACUGCUUUCUGAUGGGCACCAUUGCCAAGGCCUGCCUCCAGGGCUUCAAUUUGCUGGUGCAGCAGCAUUUCCGCUGGGUGCAGCUGCGGUGGGAUGGCGAGCCCAUGCAGGGCCUGCUGCAGAGGUCCUUAAGAAGGAAAGUUGUGAAUAAGCUCCGAGGUUGGGUGCCCUCUCCCUGCGAUCCCAUGUGCAAGACGGUGGACUGGGCCCUGGCCGUCUGGCACCAGCUCAACUCCUGCCUGGCCCGCCUGGGCACACCUGAAGCACUUCUUGGGCCAAAGUAUUUCCUGUCGUGUCCUGUAGUCCCAGGACAUGCCCAAGUGACAGUGAAGUGGAUGUCCAAGCUGUGGAAUGCUGUCAUUGCACCCAGAGUUCAAGAAGCAAUAUUGUCAACAGCCUCAGUGAAAAGACAGCCUGGCCUUGUGCAAACAACUGCCAAGAAGCACCUUAGCCAAGGACAGCGGACUGUGGUGAAAGCUGCUCUCAGCAUCUUGCUCAAUAAAGCCUUUCUGCGUGGCUGUCCCCUCCAGAGAGCAGAGCUCCACCAACAUGCAGUUGAUUUCAAAGGAGGAAGUUUCCCUUUGUUCCUAGUUUCAAGUUACAACAGUUGUAGCAAGAAGAAAGGAGAGAGUGGUGCCUGGAGAAAGGUGAGCACCGGUCCUCACAAGAAGUCUGGCCAGUUCUCUUCCCCCACCUGGAAGAAGCCAGUCCAGAGUGAGAAAGGUAUCAAAAGUACAGCAAGAUCACAGCUGAACUGUAACAGGAGUGCUUCUCUGUCAAAACAAAAGUCUUUAGAGAAUGACCUGUCAUUGAGGUUGGACUUGGAUCCAAGACUCUGUCUGGAUUCGGAUGAUGAAGCAGACCUUGUCAAGGAGCUUCAGAGUAUGUGCUCCAGCCAAUCUGGGUCUGACAUGAGCAAGAUUGCAGAUUCCAGGGAUGAUUUAAGGAGAUUUGAUAGUCCAGGAAACAACCCUACUUUUUCACCAGCUGUUCAUAAUCUAAGAAUGCCAGUGUCACAAAAGGUCAGUCCUCUCAGCAGCCAUCAAACCACCGAAUGCAGCAACAGUAAAUCAAAGACUGAGUUGGGUGAUUCAAGAGUUACAUCUUUCCUUCCUGUUCCUAGAAGUGAAGUUACACAGUGUUCCCAGAACACCAAAAGAAGCAGCAGCAGCAGUAAUACAAGGCAAAUAGAAAUAAACAACAACUCAAAAAACGAGAUUUGGAACUUACACCAAAAUGAACACAUAGAAAAAUCUAACAACUAGGCCUGCCUACAAUAUUCUCACUCUUAACUUCUGUAAAUUUCAAACAGAAACCAAGGACAACAAGAUGUAAAUACCUUCAAAUGAAUAAAAUAUUUUCACAUAAUAUGAAGUAUGAGUGCAGGACCACUAUUCAUUUUUUUGUAAAGAAUGUAUUUAUAACCAAUAAUUUGUUGCUUUUUUUCAUUUCUGUAAGAUUGAACUUCAAUAUCAAGAAGUAAUGCCAACUUUUCAAGUAGUUUUAUAAUAGAAUUAUUGUAAUAGUUUUAAUCAACAUGUUCAGGGAGUAUUAAAACAAAACUGUGUGUACUGUAUACCUAUAUAAUGUAUAUCUAAAUAUGUAUAUAUUUAAGAAAGUCAAGGAAUCAUAUUGCAUCCUAAAAGUUACAAACUGUGUACAGUGUUGGCUUUGAUAAAGUACCAUUUUAAAUGGAGAUCAUAAUUUUAUGUUCACUUGAUGAGGAAUGACUCAGAAUGAGGCAAUAACUAAUCAUUUCUAAACAAUUACUUUCCAUUAAAAGCCAUAUUAAGUAUUUUGCCUGUUAAAUUCUAGUUUUAUGUUUUAAAUCUUUUAAUAGUUACAUUGCUGAUUGGUUUAUCAUGUAUAUUUAUGCUUAUGAGUUUGCAUUAUGACUGUAAAAUACAAAAUUAUAUAAUGCAAUAAAAUGUUAUUCUUUCUUAUAAAAGUUUUGUACCUAAGUGGAUAUGAAAAAGAUUACAUAAGUGCUUCAAUAAAUUAAUCCAAGAGUUAA